UCGGUGUGCGCCUGCGCGGGUGGCCGGCGCGCAGGGUCCGAGCGCGGGCGCUCGCCGGCGGGCUGGGCGGCUGCGGUGCGAGCGGAGCGAUGGGGAGCGGCGGCGUGAUCCACUGUCGAUGUGCCAAGUGCUUCUGCUACCCGACCAAGCGGAGGGUCAGGAGGCGAGCCCGGAGCCUCACCGUCUUGAGUCUGCCUGAAGAUGUACUCUUCCACAUCCUCAAGUGGCUUCCUGUUGGGGACAUCCUGGCCGUCAGAGCCGUGCACUCGCACUUGAGGGACCUGGUGGACAACCAUGCCAGUGUGUGGGCCUGCGCCAGCUUCCAGGAGCUGUGGCCUUCGCCAAAAAACCUGCAGCUCUUUGAGAGGGCCGCAGACAGGGGCAACUUUGAAGCUGCUGUGAAGCUGGGCAUAGCCUACCUCUACAAUGAAGGCUUGUCUGUGUCUGACGAGGCCCGUGCGGAAGUGAACGGCCUGAAGGCCUCUCGCUUCUUCAGCCUGGCUGAGCAACUCAAUGCAAGCGCAACACCCUUUGUCUGGCUCUUCAUCCGCCCACCAUGGUCGGUGUCUGGAAGCUGCUGCAAGGCUGUGGUUCAUGAAAGUCUCAGGGCAGAAUGCCAGCUGCCCAGGACUCGCCGGGCGUCCAUCCUGCACUGCGUGGGAAGAGUGCUGAGUCUGUUUGAGGAUGAAGAGAAGAAGAAGCAGGCCCGAGCACUUUUUGAAGAGUCUGCUCACCAGGGAUGCCUGGCCAGCUCGUACCUCCUCUGGGAAAGUGACAGGAUAGUGGACAUGUCAGAUCCCGGACGAUGCCUGCACAGCUUUCGGAAACUCAGGGACUAUGCCGCCAAGGGCUGCUGGGAAGCACAGUUGGCCUUAGCCAAAGCCUGCGCCAACGGGCAGCAGCUGGGGCUGGAUGCGAAGGCGUCCGCCGAGAUUGUGAGCCAGCUCUUUCAGGCAUCGCAGGCCGUCAGCAAGCAGCAGGUCUUUGCUGUGCAAAAGGGACUCAACGACACGAUGAGAUACAUUCUCAUCGACUGGCUAGUGGAGGUGGCCACCAUGAAGGACUUCACUAGUCUAUGCCUGCACCUGACGGUGGAGUGUGUGGACCGCUACCUGUGCAGGAGAGUGGUGCCACGGUACAGGCUACAGCUGCUGGGCAUCGCUUGCAUGGUCAUUUGCACCCGGUUCAUCAGUAAGGAGAUCCUGACGAUCCGGGAGGCCGUGUGGCUCACGGACAACACGUACAAGUACGAGGACCUGGUGCGCAUGAUGGGGGAGGUUGUCUCCACCCUGGAGGGCAAGAUUCGAAUCCCCACUGUGGUCGACUACAAAGAGGUCCUGCUGACACUGGUCCCUGUAGCACCGAGGACCCAACACCUGUGCAGCUUCCUUUGCGAGCUGUCCCUUCUGCACACCAGCCUGUCCACCUACGCCCCGGCUCACCUGGCUGCCGCGGCCCUGCUCCUGGCCAGGCUGACCCAUGGGCAGACACAGCCCUGGACCCCUCGGUUGUGGGACCUCACUGGAUUCUCCCACGAAGACCUCUUGCCCUGUGUUCUGAGCCUUCAUAAGAAAUGCUUCCAUGAUGACGCCCCCAAGGACUAUAGGCAGGUGUCCCUGACGGCCGUGAAGCAGCGGUUUGAAGACAAGCGCUAUGAGGAAAUCAGCCAGGAAGAGGUGCUGAGCUAUGGCCAGUUGUGUGCUGUACUGGGAGUGACGCAGGAAAGCCCGGAGCCUCCGUCCUUCCUCAACACAGGAGACAUCCACACCUUCCUCAGCUCCCCGUCUGGGAGGAGGACCAAGCGGAAGCGGGAGAACAGCCUGCAGGAGGACAGGGGCAGCUUUGUCACCACGCCAACGGCAGAGUUGUCCAGCCAGGAGGACACCCUGCUGGGCAGCUUCCUGGACUGGAGCCUGGACUGCUGCUCCGGCUACGAAGGCGACCAGGAGAGCGAGGGCGAGAAGGAGGGAGACGUGACAGCUCCCAGUGGUGUCUUCGAUGUCACGGUCGUGUAUCUGAACCCCGAGCAGCACUGCUGCCAGGAGUCCAGCGACGAGGAGGACUGUUCAAGCAGCAUGGACCGCCGGUCACCAGGACCUGAGCCUGCCAGCCACAGCAGGACCGUGCUGGGCAAGGACAUCACAACCUCAGGGUACUCCUCUGUCAGCAGUGCGAGUCCCUCUGGCUCAGUGGACGGUGGCUCAGGGGGCCCUCCCCACUCUACCUCAGUGCCAGCCACAGGCAGCACCUCCCACACACAGCCUUGCCACCAUCAGGCCAGGAAAUCGUGUCUGCAGUGUCGGCCCCUGAGCUCCCCAGACAGCAGUGUUCCCAGGCCACAGGUGAAGCGGAAGAACCUGUCAGCACACAGUGAGGCCAAGGAGGAGGAAGAGGAUGUGAACUUGAGCUUCCUGAAGCUGUGAAAUGCUAAUGUGUCUGUCGCCAUGCCUGUCUGCCGAGGGAGGCUGCCAAGAGCGGCA